AUGCACGAUUUCCUCGUAGUCCUGGCUCCAAAAUAUCGUCACUGGUUCUUUCCUAGGAUGAAAGUGCUCGAAUCGUCAAAUAAGGACAACCAGACGCAAAAGACAAAAACGUUUCAGCACUAUUUACCCGAAGGCGAUCGAUGCUAUAGUUGUGUUCAUUGCCGAGCGAAUUUAGCCAGUCACAAUGAUCUUAUAUCCAAAUCAUUCCAAGGAAGUCAAGGCAAAGCGUACCUAUUCAAUUCAGUUGUAAAUAUCGGUACUGGUCCGGCCGAGGAGCGGGUCCUGCUCACCGGACUGCACGCUGUUGCUGAUAUCUAUUGUCAGUGUUGUAAGACAACCCUCGGCUGGAAAUAUGUGAGUUAUUCAAAUAGCUGGUCAUUUUCUCUAUCAAAAUCUAUUUUUGUCGUUCCUUUUAUUCAUUUUAUUUUGACGAUUCUGGAAGAAUUUUUCGAUUCGCAAGAAAUAGAAGUCAGCGGCUGA